AUGUGUGAAAUAGUUGUCAACGAUUUGUUUGAUGAGAUUAUCAAUGAAAACAAUAGACUUUGCAAUCAAUUGGUGUUUGCAAUGAAAUGUUUGGAUGUUUUGCAAACAUUUGAGACAUUUAUUAGAAAAGUGAUGACAUUUAAGACAAUUAUCAUUAAUGAACAACAAUUGUCAUCACAAGACAUACAAACAUUGGAUCAAUUGGACAAUCAAUUGACAGAUGUGUUGACACAAUUAAAGAAAAAAUCGGCGCAAAGUAUAAAACCAUAUGAAAAACAACUGAUUACUGGAAAUGUGGAUCAAUUGAGUGGUAAAGAGUUGAUUAAGAAUUCAGGAGUUAAUAUCAAUAAACGAUUAACAGUUAAUCCAAUUCGUGUCAAAACAUUUAAAUUAACGACAAUUGAUAACAAUUGUAGUCAACAAUCACAUGAAAAUGAUAGACAAACACAACAAAUGACUGAUAAUUUCUGUGGAAAGCAAUUUCCGUGUUUUGAAAUUAAUUGUGAUUACAAAAGCUGUUACAUUACCGAACUUAUCAAUCAUCUGAAGACAUGUCACUCAAUCACUCGUAUUCAAUGCACUCGCGAGGGAUGCACUCAAUUGAUUGCUGACAAACACGACCUCAACAGACAUUUACAGACAAAACAUAAGACAAUCAAUGAAAAAGUUAAGAAAAGUAAUAUUAUAAUCAUUAAUAAAAGUCAUACAAUAAGAAAAUAUAAUAUAAUUAAUAAAUCGGUAAAAAAGCAGAUGAAUGUUAAUAAUAGUGAUAAUCAAUUGCAGAGACUCUUAAAUAUUACUGAAAAAAGAUUUAAAUGUUUUGCCGAAAACUGUGAUUACAAUAGUCUUAAUGUGAAUGAAUUGGUCGAUCAUUUGAAGACACUUCACUCAAUCACUUGUUUGAAUCAAUGUACUUAUGAUGACUGUCACCAACUGUUUGCUGACGAACGACAACUCAAGAGUCAUGUUUUAGUUGAACACAAGUCAUUUGACUCAUCUCUUAUAGAUCUACCGAAUGAUUGCAAUGAAACGCAUACUAUUGAUGAACACAAAACAAAUGACUCAACACAAGUCGUAUAUGAUUGCCAUCGGACGGGAUGUAACUUUUGGUCGUUUAAUAGCCAAUCAUUGGAAACACAUUUGAAAAAACAUACUAAAAAAGAUAAAUCUAUUUCGUCUGACAGUAAACUAAGUGUUCAGCACAAGCUUAACCAGCAUUUGCGUUAUGAAGACAAUAAUACAGACUACCGGUGCGAUUAUAAUGGAUGCGAUCGUGUUUUUAAAUAUAAUAAUAGUCUAAUUGGUCACAAAAUAAGACAACAUGAUAUGAAAGGAUCUAAAUUAUACCGGUGUUUAUGGCCAGACUGUCAGUACAAGAGUUAUUUUUCUUGUGCUUAUAAACGACAUCAACUAAUUCAUAGCGAUGUAAGAAAUUAUCGGUGCGAUUAUCCCGGUUGUCAAUAUCGGGCCAAAGAGAAGCGAACCAUUAUUAGCCACAAAAGGCUUAAACAUUUUACUACUGGAAAAAACUAUCGGUGCUCUUGGUUUAGGUGUGCAAAACAAUUCAAAACUGCUGAUAAUCUUCGAAAACAUAUGAGAUUAAAGCACUUAAUUGCUGAAGAGGACAAACAGAAGUUCCGAUGCGAUUACGAAGGUUGCGAUCGAGUAUUUAAUGCCAAAUCCAGUCUACAAUAUCACACAAUUUCAGUCCAUGAAAAACAGGCUAAAAUCUACCAGUGCUCGUGGCCGGGCUGUGACUAUACCACUAAACAUUCAAAUAGGUUGAGUCAACACGAAAUAAUACAUAAGCCAAUAAAAGAUAUUCGAUGCGAUUAUGAUGGCUGUAAUUUCACAACUAAACAUAAUACUCAUUUAAUUCGUCAUAAAGAACGACACUUAACUGAGCCUAAGUACCGGUGCUCGUGGCCUGAAUGUGAUAAACAGUUUAAAACUUUAUCAUCUUUUAAGUCACAUGAAGUGAUUCAUUCGGAACCCAAGUAUGUCUGCCAUUGGAAGGACUGUCAGUAUAGGACUCAUUGGAGUAAAAAUCUUAAAUCACAUUUGAAUCGAAAACAUUUAAAGAAAUUAUAA